CGAAGGAGAGGCGGUUGGCGGGAGCAGCGCUGAGGUGAUUUUGCCCGGGCGCGGCCGGACCUCUCGGCCUGAGCUGCAGGGAGCGGCUGACCCCGGCCCUCUCUCGUAUCAAGAGCGGCGGUCUCGGGGAUUGAGGCACUUUAUUGAGAUGGCAGCUGUUACUCCAAGAAAAAGGAAUCGUAGUUCUACUAGCUCUGAUAGUGUGUUCCUAGCACUUGGGACUCCAGCAAAAAAAUUGAUGAUGGACAUCACUGUGGAUCUGUCUCCAGUCAAGACAUCUACAAAUCGGGCCUUUGCUUCUCGAAGAAAAUGGUCACCUAGAUUCAGUGAUGAGGAUAAAGAAAACCAGGCUUCGCCUCUGAAAUCCUCCAUGUCCAGGAAGCUUGAUAAUUCCCCACUUCAAAUAGCCAGCAUCCCAAUGACAGCAUGUAGGGAGUUCCUGGGUAAAGUGUCUCCAAAGUCUGGUUCCCCAUACAAGCCCAUUGUGCCCGCGGCAUCUUUCUACAGCAAAGAAAACCGGUACCUCACCCCACUGGAGAGGAAACUGGUAAAUGAAAGCCGCCCUCUUAGUUGGAGGGACGAUGAUGGAGACCUCCCCAGUGCCAAUAGGACGGAGAAAGUACAGGGAAAUAUGAACCUCAUCAGGAAUGUAAGCUCAAAAACAUCCAAACGUCAGACUGAUUCUAAGCACACCAAGACUUUACCAAGAAACUCUAAGAAAGCCAAGGUAGAUAUAGCCCCUGUCAAACCUGUUGUGGAAAAGGAAAACAUUAUUCGUCCAAUUGAAAAGAAAAUGGAGGCUCCUUUCCGAGUCCUAAGCAUGAAAAUGAAACCCCUGCUGAAGCUCCAGAUGGGAGCAGCAUUCUUUUCCACUGGGAAGAAAUCCCAUUCUGGUCCUAAAAAGCUGCCUUCAGGCCUUAAACCCUCCCAGCUUCUCUCUAGUUCUGCAGCAGAGGGUGACCAGCUGAGACGAUCUGGAGAUACAGAGUUUCACUCCGAUGAUAAAAAGGAAGUUGCCAAGGCCAGUGAGGUAUCAAAACAUGCAAGUGUGCCCCAGAAGAAGGGGAAUGAAGAUAUAGAGGAGGAUAGGGAGAAAUUGGCCAAUAGCAUAAGUCAAAAGAAGGUCAUUCACAAAUUGAAGAUCUCAAUGCAGAAAAUUGAAUUGAUCCCAUUUAGUCGCUCUGAUUCCUCAAAGCCUUUGACUCCAGAAGAGACUGAUACAAGGAACUUGAAUGUGGAUGAAGCUGGAUCUUCCAUAAACCGUGAGUUGGACGAUCAAGAGAAUAUUCCUUUCAGUCAGUCUCCAACAGAGAAUAAUAAAGUGUCCCCUUCAGCAGAUGUUGUCUAUCCCAUAUUCAGUACACCCUCAGUCAACAAAACAAGACCACAGCCUUUCCCAGAUGAUCUGGCUUCUCCCCUGGGAUUCAGCCCACCUACAAAAAUGGUUCAUACCUUCCAGAAAACCAGCAAGAAAACGAAAGAACUAAGCAAAGACUUUAAAGACCAGAUGAUCAUUGACGCUGGACAGAAGCAUUUUGGUGCCAUCAUAUGCAAAUCAUGUGGCAUGAUCUAUACAGCUGCCAGCCCAGAGGAUGAAGCCCAACACAUCCAGCAUCACCAGCGGUUCCUUGAGGGAAUUAAAUAUGUGGGUUGGAAGAAAGAGCGUGUUGUUGCAGAGUUCUGGGAUGGAAAAAUGGUUUUGGUCCUUCCAGAUGAUCCAAAAUAUGCCACCAAAAAGGCAGAAGAUGUGCGAGAACUUGUAGAUAAUGAACUGGGAUUUAAACAAAUUGUGUUAAGCUGCCCAUCCAAGAUUAAAACCUACUUUUUUGUGUCCAAUGAAAGGAAGAUAGUUGGUUGUUUAAUUGCUGAACAAAUCAAACAGGCAUUCCGGGUGCUGUCUGAGCCGAAUGUUCCACAGUCCCCUAAUCAGGAUGUCCUGCAGCACCAUCGUGCCUGGCGUUGCUCCAUAAAGCCGGAAGCUGCCAUUUGUGGGAUCAGUAGAAUCUGGGUGUUCAGCCUGAUGCGGAGAAGAGGCAUUGCACGUCGUAUGGUGGAUGUAGUCAGAAACACAUUCAUGUAUGGCUGUUACCUAAGCACUGCUGAAAUCGCCUUCUCUGACCCAACACCAGAUGGCAAGCUGUUUGCAACCAAAUACUGCCAAACCCCUAACUUCCUUGUUUACAAUUUUAUUAGUUAAGACCAAUUCCAAACAAUCAGUUAAAUUGAACUAGAGCUGUUUAGUUUGCUAAAUGUAAAGCAAUUUGAAUGUUUAAUUCUUAUUCAGCCAUGUUCCAUUUUAGAUUCCUACUGAGUGCUAACUCUUGCUUCUUGAUCAAGUUAAAAGCCAUGGAGUUAAAAGAAUGUUGUCACUUUCUGUACAUAAUUGUGUUCUGUAUUUUAAUGUUUGUACUAUGUGAAACUAAACCCAAGUUUGUGAUUCUAAAUGUUUAUUCUGAAAGCUAAAGUUUUUAUUGCAAUAACUUGUAAAUUUCAAAAAUAAUUAUAUUAAUAUAAAGAUUUCUCUGAGUUAGAUUUGGCUUGGAUAAAUGUUUGGCUACUUCAUACCACAAGAGAUGAGGGAGACUCCAGCUAAUCUUGAAACUUUAUAUGUAUGCUACUUGCUUUGGUACAGCUGGAGACACCAGUGUUAUGCUAUCUGUGCUGCUGAGGGAAGUACCAAUGGUCCAGGGAUGUUGCAGACAUAGAUUAUACCUGGUGCUAGAAGUUGCAUGCUGGGAGUUAAGUGACUGGGUGAGGACUCUACACCUAUAUGCUACCUUUCCAGAGUGGGAGUUGCAGUGAACAGAAGACAGAGCAAAACAUACCUGCUGGUUGCUGUUAUUGACACAGCACUAAAGCUUACCUGAGACAGGAGUGGAUGUAAAGCACGUGUAGCUGUGGCCUGAACCCCUUAUGCACAAAACUAUUAAUAUGAAUCUCCACCUGCUGCUCGGGGAUUAAAGUUAAGAUUGAUCCUAAAAUCUUGCUGUAUACAGACUCAAGUAUUCUUGCACUGGUGGUGGUGGUGUGGAUAGUUUGUUCAAUAAAAGUCCUCUGAAAUUUAAUUUGGUGCCUCAUUUCUGAAGGUUACAAGCACGAGCAGUUGGAUGAACACUUGGGUUCAGAAGAGGUUUUUUUUAACAAUGAAUCCCUUCAGUCUACUUUAAGGCUCCAGUGGCCCCUUUGACUUCGCAAUCCCAUGUAAAUUGUCUGAGUCACUCUCUGGCUUGCAGGGUUGUUCUCCACCUUUCCACUGACAAAUGAAGCAGCAGCAGUGCUAACUACUUCCCCCAGUGUUCUGCAUUAGAGGACCCAUGUAAACGAGCCUGAGGGAAACACUUUUACAGGCUCCAUUUAAUCCCUAGUUUCACUGCCAUGCUAUUCUCCAGGAAACAGGUGUGGUCUGGUCUUGACCUCCACAAGUACCACAUCUCCCCUUAACUAUAAAUGUAUUUGAGUGAAGUCCAACUACUCUUCCAGGCCCCUGCAAAUUGAAAUUGGCAUGUAUUUAUUUCCCUCCAGAUAUAAUCUUUGAUUAGUUUUGAGGCAUGGCUUGUUCUCUAAACUGAUAAUGCUAUUGCCAAUACCUUUAUUUUACUAAGGGUAGGUCCACACUACCUGCCCAAUUCGGCAGGUAGAGAUCGAGCUUCUGGGAUCAACUUAUCGCGUCUCAUCUGAA